UUACGAAAUUUUGUUCGUAUACGUGCUCUAACAAACCAAGUUGGUAAAUCAGUCUUGUGGGAACUUUAAAGAAACCAGACUUUGAUAUUUACAGUGUCGUUUACCAGACGAGCUUUGUUUUUUGACACGGUGGUGGUAUCCCUCUUCGUGUGACGUCGACGGAUGGUGUUGUUGACCGCCUCUGCACGGCUCGCUGUGUUUACAGCUGCUUACUGACUCUCGGAAAGAAUACAUGAUAACAUUGUCCUCAUUGUGCUGGAAUAUGGAUAAUAAAUACUGAAUGGCUUCAUUUGGCUGGAAGAGGAAGGCAGGCGAGAAGAUCUCCAAGACGGUGUUGCAAAUCUUCGAAGCUGAGGCACAGGAGGAGGUGGCCGAUAAUGGUGACAGCGACGAGGUAGACUGGCUCAAUGCCACCAAGCGCCGCAAAGAGGUACUCCUGGAGGACUGUGCUGCCAAGAGUAAGAGGCUCAAGAAUGAAGGGUCUCUGCUGGCUGAAGAGGGCAGGCGCUGGGAAGCAAUAAAGAAAUGGGAAGAAGCCAUUCAUUCGACUCCAGAUGAUGCUACCCUCUAUGAAAUGAAAUCCCAGGUGUUCACUCACCUGCAAGAAGUGUUUCCUGCUGUGCAGGCGGCUGAGAUGGCGGUGAAGCUGCGCCCCCUCUGGUGGGAGGCGUGGCAGACCCUUGGCCGGGCUCAGCUAGCUCUGGGAGAAGUUGAUCUGGCAGUGAGGAGUUUCCAGAUUGCGAUUCAUUUAUAUCCAGCAGACAACUCACUGUGGGUGGAAGACCUUGCUUGGGCUCAGAAACUGCAGAAGCAAAGGCAAGAGAUGUGUGAGAAAGACAACCAGGAAGAAGAGGCCAAGCAGCAGCUUCUCCAGGCUCCUGAGCUCCUUCCUGACUAUGACUUUGAGAGUGAUGAAGUAGUUGCUGCUUGUGUCGCUGUUGCAGAGAGGCAGAAAAUAUAUGACAAUGUCAGAAAGACCAGAGUCGUCAUAGACAGGAGGGGAAUGGUGCAGACCACUCAGGAAAGUGCUAACAGUCCAUCGCCAUCUGAGAAUCUGUUUAUCAAAGCACGAGGGCUCUGACAUUAUUGAUACUUAAUUUUGGAUGUUGUUUUGCUUAAAUUUUACUGUAUAUACUAUGGAGGUUGAAAUGAAGAGGAUGCAUGGCUUUGUUGUGUAAAUGUAUCAAGAAUUCUAUGAAUUUGUCUUAACAGGAGUCUGAGAUCAUUACUUUUCAGAAUUUUGUUAACUGCUGCUGUCAAGAAAAAUUUACCCUUUCUCGCAUGAAUUGCAUUGACUUUUUAAAAAAUGUUUUAAAUAUAUAGAAAAAACUACAUUUAAGCAGCAAAUACUUGUAUUUAAGGUUUAAUGUAAAGUGUAAAAAAUUUAAUUUUUCAAAACCUGUACAAAUGUAACCUGUUGUGUCCUCAUCAUAAUCCCAAAUGGCUACGCACCUCCCACAAGGUUGAGAUUAAUAUUUUGUUGGAGGUGGCACCAUUCAGUGUUUAGAAUUUCUAUUUAUUUAUUAAUGCAUGGCAGAAAUAUGCUACACAAAAGAAUGGAGUGAAAAGAACGGCUGCAGAAUACCUGUAAAAUCGAUUAAUCUGUGAUAUGGUUUUGCCAUGGGUCUCUCUCUGCUGUCCUGUCAUACUUUCCAUUUCCCUCUGUAGUGUCACACUUUUAUCACAGAAACUGAAGCCUGGAUAGGUUGCAGAUGUUGUCUUGUUCAAACUUCCAGUGCUGAAUUCUUGUGUGUGUGUGUGUGUGUGUGUGUGUGUG